CUAUUUAAAUCGGCGGCGACCCGCACCGCUGGUGUCUGCGGCAACAGGGGGCUGCCCGGCCUCGAGAUCGCCUACAAUCUCAGACGGGCGGAGCCUCAUUCCUUGGCCCGCUGCAACUACCGGCCCUGUUUGCACAGGGAUUCUCUGGCGGGCUUCAAUCUCCUUCAGGCUCUGCCUGCGUUGCAACGCAGCAAUUCUGCGACCCACCCUACUGCGAUAAGGGCCAUGCCAAGCUACCACCUGUCUGUUCUCAAUGCUGAACCAGCCCUUCUGUGCUUCGGUGGCAGCGGCCUGCUCCCGCACCAGCGACACACUUGCCUGGCGUCGUUGCUGCACUUGGUGCUUUGCCAGAAUGCCUGGAGAUUCGGCCAAGAAGACACAAACAUACGUGCUGACCCUCAGAUGCCUGCUGGCCAGGCGUUCCCGCGCGCAUGGAGCCCCAGACAUGUUGCGGCCAUCCAGCCAAGCUCGCGCUCAAGCAUCAUAACGGGACUCGAUCACAAGUGAUAGGAGACGCUCGAUGGAACCUCCUUGUCAGUUCUGAAGCAAGAUAUGCC